AAUAAAAACAUCCUACACUCUAUCCCACAAGCUUUUCACUCCCUCCAAUAACUUCCUUAAAGCCAAAUAAAAUUGCUUAACAAAAGAGGAACAAACCAAAAUCUUUUCCCUUUACAACAAUGGGGUGUGUAUCUUCCAAACUUCUCAAGAAAAAUCUGAAACAGGAACUGUUAUUUGGGAGUGGAGAUUUACCCAAUCAUGUUGUUUCUCUUACUUCAACCACUUAUGGUGUUCUUAAACUUGACCAAAUUCAAAACAAAAACCAAAUUCAGUUUCAGACCCAUGUUGUUUUUCCUUCAAAAUCACCAGAUACGAAGAUAGAAGAUGAUGUAAGUUGUGACGAUGGAGUCUUGGAGUUGAAAAAAUCAAAGGGUCAAGAAGAAUUAGAGGUUAUUAAUACAUGGGAACUUAUGGAAGAUUUAGAAGAGGCAAUACCCAAUUCAAAUUGUUCAAAGAAAAGUCCAAAAUCUACUGGUUUUCGAAGUGGGUCCCCCUUUAAAUCACCAAAAGAACAGAAAAUGGGAGGAAAAGAAAACAGGGGAAUGCAUAAUAAUGGGGUUGUUACAAUUGAUAAUGGUAAGAAACACCAAUGUUAUAGUACUCCUAGAGGGGUGUUGAAAUCAUGGAAGUUUUCGUCGAAUUCAACUAAUAAACUACGAAAGGCGAGCUCAAUGGAUAGUCCAAUGAAGAGUAAUUCAGGGAUUUCAUCAUUUAGGAGGAGAAGUUUAGGUCCAUUGUUUGAUCCUGAGCUAAUGGAUUCAGUUGAGAAAGAGUUGUGUGAAGAAAAAGAACAAAUUAAAGAGAUGGUAUCUACAAAACCCAUCAACAAAAUCAGAUAUUCUUCACGGAAUAGUCCUAAUUCAUCCUCUAUUUUACUCAAGAAUUAUGAGCAAAAAUGCCCACCUGGAGGUGAGCAUUGUGUGGUGAUCUACACUACUACUUUGAGGGGAAUCAGGAAGACAUUUGAGGAUUGUAAUGUUGUGAGAUCAGUGAUCGAAUCGUACCACAUUCGAGUGAUCGAACGAGAUGUUUCAAUGGAUUCCGGGUUUAAGGAAGAGUUAAGGAAGUUGAUGGGAACAAAGGAAGUUAAGGUACCACUUGUGUUUGUGAAAGGAAGAUUAAUAGGAGGAGCUGAUGAUGUAGUAAAGUUGGAUGAAGAAGGAAAAUUAGAAGGAUUGUUAGAAGGGAUUCAAAAGGCUUUGAUUGGUUGUGAAGGGUGCGGUGGGAUUAGGUUUAUAAUGUGUAUGGAAUGCAAUGGAAGUUGUAAAGUAUUGGAUGAGAACAUGAAGAAUAUGAUAAGAUGUGGAGAAUGCAAUGAAAAUGGGUUAAUACAAUGCCCUAUUUGCUGCUGAUUGAAAUAGUGUUACAAAAUCUAACCCAAAUUAAUUUGUUUGGAUCACCAUAUAAAGUGUGAUUAAAGCAAAUAAAGGGGCUUUUGUUGAAGAUUUUAAGGGGUGUUUCUUCUCAUCUUUUAUUCCUAUUUUGGGUUGAUUAAGGUAGGCUUAAUCUUAUAUCUUGCCUAAUUUGUUUUAAAUUGUGUGUUGAAUGACUAAUUUUCGUAAUCAAGAUUGAUUAAAUUGUGUGUUGUGAUUGUAAAUGUUGAUUUUGUGGUAUUGAAUUUUGUGAGGUUUUGUCUCCUCUUUUGAUCAA